GCUCUUAGUUUAAGUAUGGAAGAAGCCAGUUUUAUUUCGAACGACGAAUUAAAUUCGGGCUCGGAAUUCCAGAAUUUACAGUCAGUAAUGGAGGCCAAAGGAAAAAAACCGCGGUCCGGUAGGAAAUCCUCCAGCAAAGCUAACGAGAAAAUGGAACAAUUAGAAAACAGAGUCAACGAAAGGUUAGACACUAUGAUGAAUUUUUUAAGAGAAAGUAUUCAAACUUUGUCCAGCAGUGUUUUAGAGAAUACAGCUUCUCAUAAUGUACACGAGACAAACGUGUCUCAUAAUUCGUUAGCGGAUCAGGAUACCGGUGGUUUAUCCACGCGGAGACCUGAGCCCAUGGUAUCAAAUGUAGACGAUUCAUCUGGAAUGCGUCCGAUUAUACCUUUGGAAAGUGAAGUCCAAAUUGAAGGGACAUUAAGUGUGCCUGAAAUGGACGAUAUGAUAUCAUUAGCUCCAAGUGUCAGAGAAGUACGUGAGCUAUUGGGUGAUAACGAAUCCUCAGUUCAAGAGGAAUCUAUUACUGCCCAUGAUUUUGAUAACAAUCAACAUAAGUUGGACAGCAACAACAACAAUAGAUUUCAGAACUUGAUCAAUAAAAGUGACGAGCAUACAAAAACUCUAACUGAUAUUUUUGGCAAUGUUUCGUCUUCAGAGGAAGAAAAAACUGGAUUAGUUUUAGACAAAACACAAGAGGAGAUCUUGAAAAAGUCAUGGAGAAUUACUGAUCCUGAACGCUUGUCUGCUUAUAGAGAUGAAUAUAGACAAUGUUUCCCUGUUCAUCCAAACUCGGCAGCAUUUCUACAAGUUCCAGGGCUAGAUGACAUUUUAGAACCAAUGUUAAGAAAAAAACACGGAAAUAAAACCAAAGGUUGGGGGAAAAGUAAACAUUUAAUUUCCCAGCCGUACAAAAGUAUUGAAACUUUGGCAUAUCAGGGACAGAUAGCUGCCCGUAUGGGUAUUAUUUCAUUAAGCUACAUGCAGCAAGCUUUAGGAACGUUGUUAGAUUCUAUAACUUGUCAAGAUGCGGACACAGUUCAAGCAAUUAAAGACAUUUUCUCCAUGUCUACCAAGGCACUAGAUCAAAUGGGGAGAGCACGGGCUUUUCACCAUCUUAUAAGAAGGAAAACUGCAGCACAAGACUCUGGAUUAUAUACCUUGAAGGAUAUUCAUAGCAAAAUUAUUUGCCUGCCUCUUUCAGAAGAUGGCGUCUUUGGCAAGAAAUUAGAAGAGAAACUAAAAGAAAGGAAAGAGCAGAAAGAUUCUCUUAAGGAUUUAAUUCCAGAAUGGAAUGAAAAAAAUCAGAAACGCAAAUUUUCAGAAAAUUCUGCUGAAAACUCUGGAAAUUUUAAAAAACCCAGAACUACUUCUGUGUUGAAUAACAGUUACAGAACAGCUACUCAGAGACCCAAUUACUCAAGACGGUCUUAUGACUACAAACCAAGAGAGGACAAUUCGAGAAAUACGUCUACAUCUGCUACAGUAGACAGAAUUGGCUCCUUUCGGAUCCCAAAGAAAUCUAAUAAAUGACUGGAGAUUAGAACAGGAGAUGCAGUGAUCUACAAUCUCUCAGACUGGGGGAAGGAUUUGUCAAUGUUCAGAAAAAAGGAGUAACUUUCAUCAGAGAAGGUUUGGCGAAGCAAGAUAGACCCAACCAUUUUGGAGCAAAAAUAUUUGUUCCCACAUUUUCAGAAAACAAGUUACUGGAUCCAAAAAGAUCUUUGUUUUUCUAUUUGAAGAAAACAGAAACUCAUAGAAAAAAACUGAAAACAGAUUGCAAUAAAUUAUUUCUGAGUUUACUUGAGCCACAUCAAGCUGUGACAUCUCAGACCAUUUCAAAAUGGAUUGUUCAAACUAUACAUAUGGCUUACGAAAACAAACAAAAAUCUAAAGUGAAAGGACAUAGUACAAGAGCAAUAGGUCCUUCUUGGGCUUUAUUUAAUGGUGCAUCAAUAAAGUCAAUUUUAGAUUCUGCAGAUUGGAGCCAAGAAUCUACUUUUUGCAAUUUCUAUCUGAGAGAUGUAGAUGACAGCGUACCAGUUCUAAAAUGUUCUGUAAAUAAUUAAUUAUUUCAAUAUUUGUUUACUGUGUAAAUAGACUUUGUUGUUAGAGAUGUGAUCAUCUUCGGCGAGUUGCAAUU